AUGCUUUCAAACAGGUGUAUUUCUACCUCCUCCCUUAACGUUUGUUUUUUCUUUGUCUAUGCAGGUGUGUCAACGAAUGAGAAUCCCGAGUCCAAGACUGUCAGCUCGGCCAAAGUAUCUGGGCUCCAGCGUAGCCAGGAGCAGAGUAACGAGGUGUCCUUCACCCCGCGUGUGUCCAGCCCCACCCCGGCCUCCCCGCCUUCGGGCUCCCCUGCCCCAGCUGCCACCGCGGCAGCCCCCCCUCAGCCACUCCCCAAGGCGCAGCUCACCUCCCCGCCCCCCCUCCUCAUCAAGAGAGAGUCGGACCGGGCGCCGCCCAUCCCCAGAUUCCCCACCCCUCCCCUGCUGAGGGCCCAGCCCCACCCUCUCCAGGAGCACCGGGUCCCUGUCUCGCUCCCUCCCCCCCAACUCCAACAUCAAGCCAGGCCUCUCAUCAGCCACCAAGUGCACCAGCAUCACCCGCUGCAUUACAACAGCUUGCACGACAUCAGGUACAGUAGGACCACAUCUGAUCCGUAUACUCUGGGUCUGUUUAGUUAUGUCUGAUCCGUAUGCUCUGGGUCUGUUUAGUUAUGUCUGAUCCGUAUGCUCUGGGUAUGUUUAGUUAUGUCUGAUAGGUAUGCUCUGAGUCUGUUUAGUUAUGUCUGAUUAUUAUGCUCUGGGUCUGUUUAGUUAUGUCUGAUCAUUAUGCUCUGGGUCUGUUUAGUUAUGCCUAGCAAUCUUCUUAUGCUCUAUACCAUGUGUCAAACUCAUUCCACAGAGGCCGAGUGGUUGCGGGUUUCCGCUCCACCCUUGUACUUGUGUUAAUUAUGAAUUAAGGUCACUAAUUAGAAAGGAAAUCCCCUUACCUGGUUGUCUAGGUCUUGAUUGAAAGGGAAAACCCAAAAUACGCAGACACUCGGCCCUCCGUGGAAUGAGUUUGACACCCCUGCUUUAUACCUUGCUGAUAUGAUAUAAUAUGAUACAAUUCCUUUUAUAUUGUCUACUCAAGUGGAAAUUCAGGUCAGCACAUCACACAUUCUCAGCAUUUACAGAUGCAGCUUCCAGUCAUGUAAUAAACCAACAGAAAUUCACUGAAUACACAAUCUGUAACUCAUUGCUGACAAGGUCUUUCUCUUUCUCUGUCUUCUCUAACAUUACAGUCACAGCGGCAGCAGUGCAGGCCUCCCCAAACACCACCACCUGCCCCCCUCACCACACCACCUGAGCGGCCUCCCCUCCUCCACCCCGGCCCUGCCCCUGUCCAUAGCCAACCUUUCUACCUCGCACUAUUCCUCCCUGCGAAGCCCGGCCCAUCGCCAUCCGGCCAUGUUCGCAACCCCCGCCACACUUCCGCCACCUCCGACCUUACCCACCAACAGCCUUGUGGUCCCUGGGCACCCCGCUGGCACCCCCUACCCAGGUAACACUGCCCUCCUGCCCGCUCUGGCUGCAAGGCUAGACUGUCUCUAACAUUAAGUAGCAAUUCAUCCAAAGUAACAAUCUUAUACUGUGAUUUCCAAGUCAAUUGUUGCAGAAAUAAAUGUAAACCCAACUGCACAGUACAAGCUUCCAAGUACAGCGGGAAUAAAUUAAGUGAUUUAUGUAACAUUAAGUAGGAGUUAACAUGCCAGGUUACAUGAUCCUGUAACAAGCGCUGUAACCAUUCAAUUAUAAUUGUAUGAUGUGGUAAGUGAACUUAUUUAUUACAAUUUCACAUGCACUAAAGGAGGGAAUAAUGGUUAGAUAAAAGACUAUAUUAAAUAAUCCCAUUACAAAUAAUAAAGGCAUUUGAAAUAUGUUGAUGCCCCUCCAUGUUACUUUAACUAUGGUAGAGAUUUAUAAAGUCGAAACAAUAUUAGCCUGCAUUUGUAGACACGGCACCCCUUUGUUAGUUCUAUUUUUGUCAUCUGGGUUUGGAGUGAAAUGCCAGAGGAUCUUUUCUCCUCCACACUGCAUGCUGUCAACUACCUGUUCUCUUAUGCCAGGUCAGGGGGAGGUCAUGUUAGAUAAGACGUAAGACUUUCAUGUUAAAGCUACCCUUUUGUUCUUCUAUUGUGUAAAUGCUGUAAUGUUUACACAGUAUUGAAAUAUGUCAAAUGUAGACGAAUUGUAUCUUUAUAUGACUUUGUCUCUGUAUAAGAGAAAUUAUUGGUUGUUGUCAAUUAUUCUUUAUUGAUACUAUUUGAAUGUUUAUUGUACUGUAAUAGACAUUUAAAGUAAUAAUACUAGGAGUAGCUAGAAUAUGUAGCAUUGAGAUCUAAGACAGAGUGGAGGGAGAGUCUGCUGUGUUGUCUGCUGAGGUGACUCUUGGUUCUCUCUUGUCUUUAGAUACCAGCCUGUUGAUAUCAUUCAACCAACCAAUCAUGUAUUGCCAGCCUCAUUCGGGGAUUCUGAUUGGCACAUUGUCACAGGCAACUCUCUUACCACCACCAAUGAGUUCUCACGUAGAAAACCCUCACAGCAUGAGCUGGAGAAACAGAGAAUGCCAGGUGACUAUUUUUUCUUCUCUUCUACCCCUGUUGUUAAGACUGACUGGCGCCGUGCCUUUCUUGUGUCUCCCUUUUUUCCCCCCUUUUCUCGCUCUCCUUUCUUGCAGAGCAUGACCUCCUGCGGCAGGAGCUGAACAACCGCUUCCUGGUUCAGAGUUCAGAGGGGCGGAGCCGGGGGCCGUCCUCCGCAGGGUCCCCGCUGGCCCCUGUGUCGCUCCUGAGGGGAGCGUUUCACCAACACCAGCACAUGCAUCAGCACCAACACACCCACCAGCACACCUUCACGCCCUUCCCGCCCAGUCUGCCCCCGGCCGCCAUCAUUACUCCGCCCACCGCACCCCCCAUGGUGCGUACCCCAGCCAGAAAUGUGAGGAUAAGUAAAGCUCCCAUAUACAGUACCUCAACCCCCCCCCCCCCCCCCCCCCCCCCCUUCCUUGUCACCCAAAUCGCCAAACGACCCCCCUGGUCACCCCUCUCCAGUACCCUCCCAACUGAUAGGGCCAGAGCCUGCCCUCCUUCCCCAACCAACCAUAUGCUAUCCAUUCCCCCUUCAGCUGGUUGGGUCUCUUGGUCCUCUGCAUACUGUCACAGUGACACUGUAACAGUGUGUUUUUACUGAGAGUUGAGAAAUAGGAGGGAGGGGCAUAAUCGUCACUACAACCCCAUAAUGAGCAGUACAACAUCUAACCUGUCAUCUCCCCUCCACAGUACACAUGUUUGUAGUGGUUCAUCCUCAAUGCUGAAACCAGACCUAACUCACAGACUGCUGCUGCAUAUAAUACUAGACGUUAUGCUUUGGGACCAGAGUUUUACAUGUGGGUUAGCUUAUAUAGAGGACCGAGCUUCAUUUCUUUACAAUGCACAAAGGCUCACUAUAUGCCCCUUUUCCUUUCCAACAAAAGGAAGCUUGCACAAGCCAUGCCAUUCAAUGUACGUCAGUACAGUUGAUUCAAUUUAUUCAAUAUUCUCUCUAUGAACAUGACAUACAUUUUGCCGUUUACAUUUUUUGCCCUGGAACAAAGGAGACCAAUUGAAGGGAGUGUUUUUAUUGUUUUCAUAUGGAUGUGUUUUAAAUGUUUUUGAAUGUUCUGAUUUCCCUGCACCGCAGCAGAAACAAAAGGGCCUUCCAACAGAUGUGUGGCGUGACUGCGGUGCACUGGGGGCUUAUGCUCAGCAAUGACAAAUUCAAAGCCUGUGGUUACACUCAAUGACUUCAUUCCAGAUGAAAGGGGGUGACGUCAUUCGGACUGUUUUGAUAAUGCAUAAUUGCUUCCGUGCCUUUUCAACCGCCAUCAGGCAAGGCACCGGCAUCGAGUCAGCCAAGGGUAUAACAUUGGCAGCUCUAGAUCGGAAAAUGUUUCCCCGGAAAAGUUAUGAGUAUUCAUCCAUCAUUUGGAAUGCAUAUAGCAAUCUGAGAAACCCAUUCAGACAGGACACCCAUUUGUGCCUUUUCAGCAUUAGCCUAAUAGAUAUAAUCCAUCAUGUCAUGACCCCUGAUUAAGAGGCUAGGGCCCAUUUAGAGCACCAGGAGCUCUUUGCUUUGUGGAAUCUAACAUUAUCCCUGUAUGUCAGAAACCCCAGGAAAAGGGCUUAGCUUAUGUACAGUACAUUAUACAGCUAUCUGAUAAGCAGUCAGGGAGAUUGUUUAGUUUAGAUUGUGUCUCUUAGUCAAAAAGCAUGUGUAGGCUGCUGUUCUCUUCUUCUGUCUGCAGCUGAUCCCGCCAUUCCUCUAUAUGUCAGCCAGGCAUUAUGUGUAUGUACCCUGUUUGAAGAGGAAGAUAACUGGAGUUAUUUUGUCAUCUUGCUAAUAAUGGUAUUAUGUGGUGUAUGGCUGUGUGCAAUCACAUCUUUAUGUUGUGGCUGAUGCAUUGUUGUUACAAUGGAAUUUAAGACUGUUAAUGUAUUCUGUUUUAUUGAGACUGUUUUUACUUAACCCAUGUUGUUUUCUCUCUCUCCCUACCCUCCAGUAACAUUGCUAUUUCACCUCCAUUUUACUGUUUAGAGAGGCACGAGUAAUGUUGAUGUUGUGGUUGUUUUUAGUGUUUGUCAUGAAGUGUGCAGUUGAAUCGCAUCGGCCCAGCUGUGCUCACUUUAAGCGCUCCAUGUCAUUUCAGCUAUGUAACAGCCCUUGGCUAAUAGCUGUAAUUAAUGAAAUUAUGAAUCCUCUGUAUUUGUUUAUUGUUCUACACCCUCAAGCAGCUGGCCUUGCCAAAUGGCAACACUGAGUGUCUAUUUUCCCCUCUGUCGUCUUAGGGAAAAGGAAGAUCCUUAAUUGUUUAAAGAUGAAAUAUCGAGCUUUAAUUAUCCAAAGCUGUUUACAAUAAACCUCUGACAGGCCCUGUAAAUUACAAAGCAUGAGUUUUAUAGACAGCCAUAAAGCCACCAGCGAGUAUUACUCCCCCAGUGUAAAACAUAAAACAGGCCCGGUGUAGAAGGGGAGCGGACCGGUUUAAUGUGCUCGGAAGCUGCCUCAGCAUUUCCACUCAAUAGGGUGUCUGUGUUUGAUUUGGGACAAUUAUCGCCCGCAAACACAAACACGCUGCCCGCCGCUGUGGCCAUUCUCUGUGGCGGAUGUUGAAUGGCCCCGCUUCACUGGGAGGCCCAGCCCAGUAAGAGAGAGGAGCUGUGCCGAGUGUGUUGAGCGAGAAAACCACCUCCUUUCCCGUUUAUGUUUCAGUAGGGAGGCACACACACACACACACACUGAUUCAUGUGCAACCCGUUUUCCCUUUUUAUGUAAACCCAAACCAGCGGUGGCUUGCCAAGAAGGCUUUGUAAAAACACUCACGGAAAUACAUGCAAAUGGUUGGUGUAUUUACAGAAUAGGAAUAAGUUACUGUCAGUUGCAAUUAGCCAGUUUCAAAAGGAGGAGCUGUAUUGGCUUACAUGAAGGUAUAAUCAGAUACUGUAUAUAAGGCUAUAGUCUUUCUGUUGAAAUCCAAAUGUCAUUAUUCUAUUAGUCAUAGGGUAUGCUUCGGAAAAUGUUUCAUUAUAUUAAACCAUUUGAGGCUUCCAACGUUAUUUCAGUCCCAUGCUGUACAUGUCCAAAACGAGCUCCCUUGCAUUGAAAAUGUAGUCUGCCCAAUUCAAUUUCACCUAUAAAAGACUUACUGUUCGUAUACCCACAGUUAUAUGAUCUUACGCAUAAAAUAUUGGCAUGUCUCUGCGAUUUUCUUUCAAGUCUCUCUUUCUCUCGUCACUAACACUAAAAUGACAACCCUUUAUAGUAUAUUUGUCUCUGUGUGCUCCGUUUCCAUAACAGAGAUCAUUGUAAAAACCCUACAUCUGUCACAGCCAAUUAGAUUAACAUUUCUCCAAAUGUUCCACCUAAUAAGAAUCAUAACUCAAUCUUCUAAUUUUACACGGGGGCUUUUUUGUGAGGUAGGGAGAGCUCCCCCCGCCCAAGUAUAGUACUGUAUCUAUGCCUAACUCAAUGGCUGUUUUUCUGUGGUGCAGACAAAUUGAAAAAUCAUGUCUUCCUAAUCUUGGUAGUCCAUUUGAUUAGUCAUAUCGCUGAUGAUUUAACUUCAUCUCAGUCUGCCGUCCGGCCAGCCAACCACAUGCUAAAUGAAACAAACUCAUUACCCCAGAAUGCUCACUGUUUUCUUUAAGCCAGCUGUUGUCAGAUGUCCUGGACUUAUGAUCUGACUGAUGUUGUACUGAACUUCCUCUCUCCUGUGUUGUUGUAUCACUGAAUAGGUAUAAUGAGUCAAAAUUGUGUUUCAUUGUAUUCCUUUGAUGGUCUUUGGUUCAUAGAUGCAGAGUUCCUGUUAUUGUUAUUGGUCAAUUUGGCAUCACUGACGUAUUACUCUCUUUUCCUUCUUUUUUUGCAGUUCGACAAAUACGCUCCAAAACUGGACAAUCCAUUCAUUAGACAUUCAAAUGUAAGUAACCCUAUUUAUUCCUUUCAACUUCCAUCACCAUGCUUUUAGCAUGUUUUCUAUCAAAUAUUUACUGUGGUUAGAUAUUUGAAGUUUGGAGAUAGAAAAUAUCACUGUAUUCUUCUACACGUGUUGAAGUAUGUGUGGGUGUUGUCUCUAUGCGGCUUGUUGGAAUCUGUUUUAAGAGGUGGUUUUGUGUCUCCUCUCCUCCAUGUAGUUCUUCCCCUCCUACCCCCCCACAAUGCCAGGCAUGCCCCCGCUGCUCCCACACUCAGGACCCUUCAGCUCACUGCAAGGAGCCUUCCAGCCCAAGGUUAGCCCCACAGACCUACACACACAUGCAUUGCACAUGCACACACACACAAAAUACAGUACCUGCAUUUACUCAUCCACUCACACAAAGCAAAUACAUUGUACGCACACAGACAUACACAUAUCCAAACUCAUUCACUCACACAGGACAAAAACACCAUACACACAAAUAAACAAGCACCCACAGUUUUUCACAAACACACCCGCACUGGCAACUUACUAUUUGCUCGACAUCUCACCCAAGAAAUUAGGAUAGAAUUAGGGGGUCUGAAUAGCACCAAAGCCUUACUUUUCAUUCUGUGUACAGGGCAGCAGCCAGCUGCAUUUGAAUUGAACCAGCCUGAUAAAUCUGUUCCUGCUUAUUUUUUUCCAAUAAUGGACUAUGCAAACAAGGCCUGUCUCUAAGCUGGCUGGGCCUGAGCCGCGCUGCACUGAGCAGGGGGAGAUAAGCAGCAGCCGUGUGUGUGUCGCUGGCUGGUGUGUGACGAUCAGGGCCUGGCAGGCGCCCAAUAGGCUCUGACCCUGUUGUAAGCCACCAAUCAAAGCUGGCCUAAAUCCCCUGGAUUUAUUCCCCACAGGCUCUAUUAUGGAGGCCUUUUGUUGGCUGCCUCCAGAUGGUUAGAGUACAGUACAGUUAGCCCCCUCCAUCCCUCCAUUCACCACCUAAAGCUCCCCGCUGGGCACCACUGAGCAGCAGGAGAGGGGUUGGAAGAUAGAGAGGGUGGUGGAUGGAGGAUGUGGUGCUAGAGGUUACAGGGAUCACCUAGUACUCUGGGAUGUAUUAAGAUGGCUGAUCUAGGCAUUCUGGUUCUUCUAGACCUCAAAGACAGAGACCUCUAUCCUUUGCUGUCUUUUGCUGAUUCUGCACUGGAGCCCUUAAAGGAGUGCUAGUCAUUGAUGUCACAAACAGUUGCUAGCUGCAGACUCUUUGUUGUGAAUCAAUGCAGAAGAGCCAAUGUUUUUGAGUGUGUACUGGUUUGCUUAUGUUCUGCUUCAGUCUGUGCAAAGUCCAUAUUUCCACCAUCUUUGUAACACAUUUGCUUUGCCUCUUUCUCUCCUCCAUCUAUUUAUCCUCUCUUUUAGUCCUCCAACCCAAUAGACGUAGCCUCCCGUCCGGGGGCAGUACCUCACACACUCCUACAGAAGGACCCACGGGUUAGUAGACUACUGGCCCUGGUUGUCCCUCGAAAACAUCAAGCACACACUUUUCUCUCAACAAUAGAGAGUCAUUAAAUUGAUUGGUUGUUGUUGAUUGUUAUGUCUGUGGGUUAAUAAUAAUAAUGGUUCAUAUUUUCUUUUCUCGUCACAGGUAUCAGAUCCUUUCAGGACAUCAGUCAGAGUAAGAGAUUAUUUCAUGUUCCUUUAAUGCACUGUCAAAUCAACUACAGUACCAACGUGUCAUAACAUUGAGUAAAUUCUACAGUACCAUCGCAUCAUAACAUUGAGGUUUUGGGUCUGACCUCGAGUCAUUUGCUUAUUUCCAGAAACCUGGCAAGUGGUGUGCGGUGCACGUCCAGAUCGCCUGGCAGAUCUACCACCAUCAGCAGAAGAUGAAGGUGGGCCAGCUCAGUCUCUCUGUGUGUGUGUGUGUGUGUGUGUGUGUCUGAGUGUGUAUGUGUCUGUGUGUGUCUGAGUGUGUGUGUGUGUGUCUGUGUGUGUGUCUGAGUUUGUGUGUCUGUGUGUGUGUGUCUGAGUGUGUUUCUGUCUGCGUCUUGGGUGGCAGAAGGAGGUCAGGGGAAGGGAGGGAAGGGCUGUGCCUGCUCUGCCAAAUGUUUUCUUUUCCAGAGGAUUCCUCUCUUUCUAUAUCUAGUUAAGCAGCGGCCAUUUUGGUUGUGGCUUGGAAAACUCCUAUUGUGUUGUCUCUGUCAUGGUGACACUGUCAUAGGCACCCUGUCCUCAUGGAGGUUUAGUGGGCCUAAUCAGCUUACACUGAUUUUGUUAUGACACAGUGGGUAUGUGUUGGGGAUCUAGAGGCAUUAUUUAUGUUGUCACCCCUCUCUGAUCUCACACAGUGAUUAUAUCACUGAUUAUAGCAGAUUAGAAGUCCCUCCUUGAACUAUGAAAUUGCUGGCAUCAAUUAUUGUUAAUUACUACAUGUGCAAACACUGACAGUGCCACUCUGUUUCUUUUCUUCCUCCUCCUCCUACCUUUUCUUUUCAUCUCCCUUGUGUUCUCUCUCUCUCUCCCCCUCUGCCCCCCCCCCUCCCUCUUGCUAACAGCAGAUGCAGGUGGACCCUCACAAACUGGACAUGAAUGGAAAGCUGGACCUGUUCAGUCGUCCCCCCGCCCCGGGGGUGUUUCCUGGGUUCCCCUACACCCACGACCUGGCACGACCCAUGUUCUCCUCCACAGGUCAGUACAGGGCUCAUCGUCAGCCACCCAGCACAGGGCACAUAAGGACAGGUCAAUCUUUUGUAGACGGAGGGGGGAGGGGCAGACCAUUUUGGGGGGAUCGCACUACAGACAUCUAUAUCGGUUCACUAAUACAGCACUAGUAAAGGCCCAGUGCACUACUUUUGUGAUUUCUUUUCAUUUAUAUAUAUAUAUAUAUAUAGAUAUAUAUAAUUUUUUUAUUCCUGAUUUUUUCAGGGGGUGCUACGCCACACCCACGGAGGUUAGUUUAUUUUCCGCAAUGAGUCUGGAUCUGAGUACCUCCCCUAUGAUUUCUGGAACACAAACACAUUCUAACCGUUCUGAUUGGUCCCAGAAACCGAUGGGUUGGGCCAGAGCCAGAACACAUGGGUAAAGUGGCAUUUUGAAACUUCGUCAUUGGCUUUGAUACUCAGAUUGGUUAGAGAUAAUCCAAUCGCUGAUUACUUUUUGUACAACACCCCUCAUUUUGACGUCACCACAAACGACUUCAACGAUGGCAGUCUCAGACUGAAGUAUGUAGCGAACAUAGAGCAGCGGAAUAAUUAAGUUUGAGUCGUCAGGCAACAGCUGACCCUAGUUGAACUGCUGUUGUUCUAAAUGUUGUCCCAGACAUGCGACUGUGUCAGAUGUGGCCAUGAAUAUGGAUGCUUCUCUAUGAGUGACUCCCAAAUGGCACCCUAUUCCCUACAUAGUGCACUGCCUUUGACCAGGGCCGGGUGCCAUUUGGAACACACACUGUGGGAUAAUUGACUGGUAGAACCUGCCUUGAAAGGCAACAUGGAGGCGGAUGCCCUUUAGCUUGUAAUUAUGCAGUAUUGUAUUAUCAUGUAUGGGCUUGUAAUUGGCUCGUUCAUUAACCAUUCAUGAUAUAUGGGUGAAGAACUUUUUGUAAAAGAGGUCAACGUCUGUUCAUAACAAAGCGCCCCCAUCCACACACACACACACACACGCUCACGUGAGACUAUUGAAUGUUAUGCUAAUUUCUAUCAAGCCUUUUUUAACCAACCACUGUUAACCCUCUGAAACAUCAGAUAUCCUUCACUGUGUUUUUGGUGGUUUUAAUGUUUAGCUAAUUAGCAUUGCUAUUGUAAAAUAUUGCUAACUGUCCACAUUUGAAAGAUUAGCAUUAGCCAUUUGUCUUCUGUCAGGAGCGUGUCAGAGGUCACAAGGUUAAAGGUCACCAUAGAGCUGACAGGGUGUUUUAUUUGGGGGCGCUCUCCUCUCAGUCAGACAUACCUCUGCUUGGAUGCCUAGUUCUCCCGAGUGGCGCAGUGGUCUAAGGCACUGCAUCGCAGUGCUAGCUGUGCCACUAGAGAUCCUGGUUCAAAUCCAGGCUCUGUCGUAGCCGGCCGCGACCGGGAGACCCAUGGGGCGCCGCACAAUUGGCCCAGCGUCGUCCAGGGUAGGGGAGGGAAUGGCCGGCAGGGAUGUAGCUCAGUUGGUAGAGCAUGGCGUUUGCAAUGCCAGGGUUGUGGGUUUGAUUCCCACAGGGGGUAUAAAAAAUAAUGUAUGCACUAACUGUAAGUCGCUCUGGAUAAGAGCAUCUGCUAAAUGACUAAAAUGUAAAUGUAGUUAGAGGUUAUGACGGAUGGCUGCUGUGGUGCUACUAUCUGAGUGGACACACUGAGGUAACCUGGUUUCUCAUCUCUCUCUCUCUCCUCCCAUAGGUUCUGGCCAUCCAGCUGCCUCCCCUUAUGGCCCCUCCCCCCACCACAGUGGCUUCCUGCCUCCCAGCCACUUGGCAGGUAAGUGUAAGUAGCACUACAUUUUACAUUCACCUUUUCCUUAUUCUUUCUCACACUUUUUGUUGCACUCAUAUUGAGAAUACUUCUACUGUCACUAGGGCAUAGGGUUGCAAAGGGAGGGUAUAUUACUGGUAACUUUCGAAGCCUUUUUGGUUACUUCAGAUUAUCACAGGUGUCUGUAAUUAUCUCUGGCCUUUUGUGUGGUCUUAUUGCAUGUAGAAUAUAUAAAAUAAUCAAAUAAAAUUAUAAAAAUGUAUUAAUAGAAUAAUUAAUAGAUAACGCUAUAAAGCAUUAUCCUAAAUAUAAACCAUCAACUUAGUGCUGUUUAAUAUGAGAGUUUCAGCAUGAAAUAUCCUUAAUUUUUUUUACACACUUUUAUUUUACUAUGUCAAUAUGUUUUUGUUGUAAAUCAGGGCUCAAAACUGCGACCAAAACACUUGCAUUUGUGACCCUUUGACUUGGCAGUGCAACCCCAAUUUGUUAUUGGUCUCUAAGGUGCAAGUCACAUUCGUUUUUGAUUCACAAUUCGCUUUUAUUUAAAAAAAUAUUUAUUCAAACAGAAAUGGGUAUGCAACAAUGGGUAUGCAGACCAGGUAUGCAAAAAGUUUGGUCUGAAGUCUUGGUUGAAUCUUUGCGAUGUGCAAUUCAGUCAUCAUGCGCUGUUUGAAUACACAAGGCUUUCCCAAUUAAAUGUUGACUGCAAAGUGAAUGAUAUCAUCAUGAUUUGCAUCAAUCACAGGGCAUUUGUUUUGCAAACUCUGCCGUCACAUGUAGCCUGCACUGUACAAUACAAAGACACUGUCACUUGCUUGGUGCGCACUUACAUUUUAGUCAUUUAGCAGACGCUCUUAUCCAGAGUGAGUUACAGGAGCAAUUAGGGUUAAGUGCCUUGCUCAAUGGCACACUGACAGAUUUUUCACCUAGUCGGUUCUGGGACACAAACCAGCGACCUUUCAGUUACUGGCCCAACGCUCUUAACCGCUAGGCUACCUUUUGCCCUACAAUUGAAUUAAAGGGCAACUACACCAUCCACAUUUUUUUGGGGGGUGGAUUGUUCCCAGACCUCAAAAGUGAUCUCCUUGUAUGGCCCUACAACUGUAGAGUGACUGUUCAGAAUUUCUUCCCUCCAAACAAGCAAUGUAAAUAUUAUAUUGUCAAGUUAAAAUGUCAUUAUUUGUGUAUGGAGGGUAGGUCAUUAUAGGCUAUAGGAUACUUGCUCAGCCCGCAAAUUUAAGAUAACAUUUAAAUGAUGCACGCAUCACCGCUUUCCAGGGCCAGUAUUGUUUUCAUUCGGGCCAGUAGCUUUCAGUUGGCACUGGCCCGGUGUGCCACUUGCAAAUUUACCUAAAUGUCAAGCCCUGCAAGGGCAUAAUUUAAAAGAUGGCUAGUUAUUAUUAGCCUGGUUCUGUAUGGAAUGCAGGCACAUUAUUGGACACAGGUCAGGUCAUUAUCACCGCUCAGUGGUAAAAAGUUGGUGCAACCAAAUCAUAUGCUGGUGCCAUCAACUGAAAAAGUAAAAAACAGUUAGUCUAGAGCCCUGUAAAUGUUUUGGCGCCAAACUGGUGGCAGUUGUGAAAAAAGUCAAUAGUUGGAAGAGUGCCAUUGUUUAUUUGAUGCUUUUUUCAUUAAUUAGGCUUUUCUCUUGAACCAUAUGGUCUAUCCACUAGAAACUCAUGGACAAUAUGGACACUGAUAUCAAAAAUGAAUACUAUAUAUUAAUAUAUUUUUUUGUUUUGUUAUUCAAGUAUAAAUUACCAAAGUUACCAUAGAUUGCCAUAGAUUGCCAUAGAUUACCUGUUAAUUACCAAUAUUACUGAAAUGUUUGGUAACUUUGGUAAAUUGCCAGUAGUUUUGCAACAUUACUACGGCAUCAUUUGAUAACACAGCCAUUUGUUGUUUGGAAAAUACAUUAAGUUGAAGGUUAUAGUAGGGAUUUAGAGGUCCUUAGUUAGCUAGUGAGGUCAUCCUGUUGCGCCAUCUCUCGCACUGAAUUUUACUUUAGGGGUGUAUAGAGCGAGCCCUCCCCCUGUGAUUCAUAAAAUAUACCCUUGAAUAACCCUCCUUCCUGUACUGAUGUGGAAGGAAGGCCACUUUGGGCUUGUUGAGGUAGUAUUUCUAAUCCCCCCGACUUUAUUUUCCAGCCCCUUUGUUCAAGUGAAGGUAUUUCACUGCACAACACUCCUGUCUUAUUUCAUACUGUCUUGGACAGAGGCAGAUGGCCUCAGCAAAUAUUACAUUUUACCUUGAGGCUUCUUUCUAUAGCCUCUUCAAGUUCUGCUCGUCUAUUUCACAGACAGAGUAAUAGAGGUUUUUGUAUUCUUCUGUAUUUCCUGUCAAAAAUGUUGUUUGGCUUCAGUGCAGCAAGGUGAUUUCACGGGAUAAGCUCUUGAGUCAAUCCAAUUUGAGUUUAUAAACACCUGGUGCACAGGGGGAAAAUGUUAUUACACCCCUCAAAGAUUUUGGGUGAAAUUCCUGCCCAAAGAACGAACUCAAGUGUGACUCGGCAGGAAAGAUUUUCUAGCUGUUGUUUGCUGAUAUAUUGACAAACCGUUGCAUUGCAUUCACCACAGAGUGGAAGUCUUUAAAAACUAGAUUAAAGGAUCAUUCAUAAUUGAUAUAUCCUCAGUAAUUUUCCAUUAUGUCUCCUGAUUCCUCCGGUAGGUAUGCAUACCUUUCCAUUUUUAGUUUCAUGUAAACUGUGACCAGGUUUAACUAAGGCACUUAGUAAAAAAAAGUACUACCUAGAAUGAAAAAGGUUUCUUCGGUUGGAACCAUUUUUGGGAUCCAGGUGGAAUCUUUUCACCCAACGAAGAACCCUUAAAGAACCCUUGAACCUGGAUUCAAAAAGGGUUAUUCCACAGGUACAGCCGAAGAUCCCUAUGGUUUUAGGUAGCACAUUCUUUCUCAGAGUGUGCAGGUAAAAAUUGAAGUAUGAAACACUCAAGCCUCUGUAAAACCUAGUAGACAAACAUUCUCCCUUCAAGCAGCUAUGUGCCUGACUGUCCAGACUGCACAUAUCAAAUCCCCUGUCCAUUUGUAGUCCAGCUCCAACCUAGACCCCAUCAUACUCCCUAGCAUCAGGAUCAGAGAUCAAAGGCUCUCCGCUCCAUUACGGACAGUGUGGGAGUAAAUCCAGUGUCCAAGAGGCGUGAGUGGCCAGAGCAGGUAGCCAGCCUCGCUAGCUAGCUACAUACAGUAGGAUUAGAGGAAGCAGUAUGGCGGCGCUAGAAAACACACAGCUCUGCUUGUAAGAGAAAAGCUGAGUGGAACGAGUGGUCGGGCUCCUCCAGCCAGCUCAGCUAAUCCCUGUUUGGCAUUUUGCAGAUCCUUUCAGUCGCUCCAGUACCUUUGGCGGCCUCGGCAACCUUUCAACCAGUGCCUUCGGAGGAUUAGGCAACCCCUCGCUUGGUAAGCGCCGACCCCCCGCCCCCCACGGCCAGACACAGCGCAGCUCAGCUUUAGACCACAGGGAAGGGCCAGGGAAGAAAGAAAUCAAGGCACUUAGCUCUGCAUCAAAUGCCAAAAUAAAACUAGCACAGGGAGGAACAAAAAGGCAGGCAGUACAGCUCUCUCUCUCUCUCCAUCCCCCUCUCCCCCCUCCCCAGUAGCUUGGCUUCAAUCUGACAGCAACACUGCCAACGCACACAGCACUCACAGGCUUGCUGUUUGGUUGCUAUUCAUGUAUUAAUUCUUCUACAAGCCCCCUCAUCGCCACUGUGGAGGACUCUCUCCCUCUCACCCUCUCUCUCUCUCCCUCUCUAUCUCACUCAUAUUCUCCUCUGCCAAAUCAGUUGCCUUGCAGUGAAAUGGAUGUCAGUGAAAUAGACACGCUAUGGAAUGCUAAGGUCUCCCUGGCUUUUCACAACCCUCACCCCCAGAGGGCAAUUGAGUACCCCCCAUCCACCCUCCUUUCCAGUAAAAAGGCCCUGAGAAUGAGGAGUGAAUGGGGGAACAGAGCAGAGUAGGGCCCUUGGUCCAAGCAGCUAGAAGUGCAAAGGGGGAAGCCAUUAACCUUGCCAGUCUUUGUAAAGCAGAGCUCUUUGCAGCAAGAGACCGCUCGGAACCCUCAGGACAAAGACAAAGUUGCUUUUGUGUAGAUUUUCUUUCUUUCCUUGUCUUCAGUCUCCAUCUUAUGUUGUGUGUCCAGGAGGGGGUUUAGUUUGAUUCUUUUCUCCAUGUCUCCGCUCCUUAAGGCUCCAACAGUAUCUUUGGCCAUAAGGAGGGCCCAGGGGGCCUGCCAGGCUUCGGCAGCCCCCACCACGACACCUGGAACAGGCUCCACCGGACCCCACCCUCCUUCCCCACCCCGCCGCAGUGGCCCAAGUCUGCAGACACGGAGCGCAGCAACUCAGUCAACAGCCACGAGCGAGAGAGAGAACGAGAGAGGGAGCGGGAAAGGGAACGGGAGAGGGAGAGAGAAAGGGAGAGAGAACGGGAGAAAAGGGAUUCAUCCAUCAGCAAAGAGGAGAAGGAUAAAGACAGGUAUGUAUUCUAUAUGAGAACAACUCUGAAUCAUUUCUAUUAGUUGUAAGUAACACAAGUUGUUGUGUUAUUUGAAUGCACAUUUUCAUGCACACAUAUUUCCAACCCAAAAAUAUUUCCACCCUUCUACCCUUCUGAUAAAUACAUAUUUGUAUUUUGUUUGUGUCCCUCACAGAGAUUCGAUUGACCGUAACCGUCACUCGAACCGUUCGUCCCCUGCGUCGGCUCAAACCAGCUACCAGAUCAGCAGCCUGAUCCGCUCUAACAGCCAGAAUUCCAGCGACUCGGGUCGCCACCACAGCGGCAGUGUGGAUCGGGUCCGGGAGGCCGAGAAGGAGCUCCUGGAGCGCCACCGAGAGGCAGCCAUUCUGGGGGACGUCAAGGUGAAGGAGAGCCGCUCACCUGGAGGAGGGAAGGAUGUGACAGACAGAGACAGACGCUCCACAGAGGACUCCAUCAAACUAGCCCACCGCACGCCCUCUCCCUACCCCAAGGCUGUCCUAUCUGAGACAGGAAUGAAGAUGGCUGGUGGCCCCCCACCCACUCUACUCAAGGACGGGGACAGGGACAGGAAGGAGGGUCCUCCGUCCUCUGGGGGGGACCUGCUGCUGCACAAGGCAAAGAACGACAUGAAGAUCAAGGAGGAGCGCAAAGAGGACCAGGAGGUGAUGGUGGUGAGCUCCGAGCCUGCCCCUCAGCCUGCUCCUCCUCCUCAGCCUCUACCUCCUCCACCGCCCCAGCCCGGUCACCACCACCACCACCACCCUCCUCUGUCCCAGCAGCCCCCUCCCCCCUCACCACGCUGCAGUGACAUGCCCACCCACAGCUCCCUGCACGGGGUGCAUAUGGCCCACUCCCUGCCCCUCUCCAUGAGUGCCAUGCACCAGAUGGGCAGUCUCAACGUGCUGGACCGGGCCCGCAUGGCUCCCUUUAUGGGGGUGAGCCCCCUGGCUGCUGCUGCUGCAGGGAGGGACCGGAUGCCCCACCAAGCCUUCCCCUGGGACCCUCUGAGGGAGGCCUACCGCAACCUGGACCUGCAGCGCAGGAUGGACUUCCAGCUGAGGGCUGAGCAGGCCCAGCGCUUCCCCAGCAUGUACGAGCAGGAGCGGGCUUACCGGGAGAGAGAGGCCCAUGACUACUCCCACCAUGAGCACAUGCUGGAGGUAAGGCGGGAACACGAGAGGAUGAGGCAACAGGCAGAAGAAAGAGAGCGCCAGCACCUGAGGGAGGAGCUGGACCGGGCGCGGCUCCACCAGCUGCACCAGUCCCCCAUGGAGGGACACCUGCCACACAUGCCCUCCUUCAUGCCCCACCUGGGCGGCAUGCCCUACCCCAGACUCAGCCCCUCCACCGGACACAACGGCCUGCUCAACCGGACGCCCCCCACAGCUGCCCUUAGCGCCCCCCCUCCCCUAGUGCCCGCGGGCAGCGCCAGAGCAGCCUCCCCCAGAAGGACUACCCCCCUCACCACCCAGGACCCCCGAGAUUACUCCCCCUCCCGCAACCCCAAAGAAGUGGAGGCACGGUAG